CAUUUCAAGACAAAAAUCUUGGUAGUAUCAAGCAUUCCUUGAAACAUGGAAUCCCUGGAAUAGCGGGACAUGCGAUCAGCUCUGACAGUACAACAGGAUGUACAGGGCAGGGGAGCCAGGGAAGCGGCAGCCUGGCCCUGCACCCCCUCGGGUGCGGAGUGUGGAAGUGGCCCGAGGCAGAGCUGGCUAUGGCUUCACCCUGUCAGGACAGGCACCCUGUGUGCUCAGCUGUGUCAUGAGGGGCAGCCCUGCGGAUUUCGUGGGCCUCCGGGCUGGGGAUCAGAUACUUGCCAUCAAUGAAAUCAAUGUGAAGAAAGCCUCACAUGAAGAUGUGGUGAAACUAAUUGGGAAGUGUUCCGGAGUCCUCCACAUGGUGAUCUCUGAGGGCACCAGCCAUGUGGAGUCCUGUUCCAGCGAUGAAGAAGGUGGCCUGUAUGAGGGGAAAGGCUGGCUGAGGCCUAAGCUUGAUUCUAAGGCUUUGGGUAUAAACAGGGCAGAGAGGGUUGUAGAAGAGGUGCAGUCUGGUGGGAUUUUCAACAUGAUUUUUGAAAGCCCAAAUCUUUGUGCCAGUGGCACUGAGCCCCGGAAGCUGAAGCAGAGGUCUCUGUCAGAGUCAGCUGCUUUGCGGCUUGAUGUUGGCCAGGACAGUCUCUGCUCUCCACAUCUCAGCAUGCUCUCCAAGGAAGAGGUACCAAAAGUUAUCAAUGAUGAUUCCGUAUUCACUGUGGGGCUGGACAAUCAUGACGACUUUGGACUAGAUGCAAGUAUUUUAAACGUUGCCAUGGUCGUGGGCUAUUUGGGCUCCAUUGAGCUCCCUUCCACAAGUUCCAACCUGGAGCACGACAGUUUACAAGCUAUUCGUGGCUGCAUGCGCCGCCUGCGGGCCGAGCAGAAGAUCCAUUCCCUAGUGACCAUGAAGGUCAUGCAUGACUGUGUGCAGCUGGUCACUGACAGGGCUGGCGUGGUGGCCGAGUACCCUGCCGAGAAGCUGGCAUUCAGUGCUGUGUGCCCAGAUGAUAGGCGGUUCUUCGGGCUGGUGACCAUGCAGACCAACGAUGAUGGGGGCCUGGCGCAGGAGGAUGAAGGUGCCCUGAGGACGUCCUGCCACGUGUUCAUGGUGGACCCAGACUUGUUUCAUCACAAGAUCCACCAAGGCAUUGCACGCAGAUUUGGGUUUGCAUGCACUGCAGACCCAGACACGAGCGGCUGUUUGGAAUUCCCAGCAUCUUCCCUCCCUGUGCUUCAGUUCAUCUCUGUUCUAUACCGAGACAUGGGAGAACUGAUCGAGGGUGUGCGGGCCCGUGCCUUUCUAGAUGGAGAUGCGGAUGCCCACCAGAAUAACAGCACCAGCAGCAACAGCGACAGCGGCAUUGGCAAUUUCAACCAGGAAGAGAAGAGCAACAGGGUGCUUGUAGUUGACCUAGGCGGGGGCUCGAGCAGGCAUGGCCAGGGCAGCAGCCCAGGGUGGGAAGGUGUGAGUGGAAGGGGCUCACAGCCUUGGAGUGCACCCUGGAACGGAGCUUUCGGCCAUGACUCAGAGGUGGGCUCCCCACUGGAAACCAGCCCGCACAGUGACAGGUUCUGGGACUUAACAAAGCAUUCAGGACCUACGUCUUACGUGGAGGUCCCUCCAGCCUCCUUGAGGAGUUCUGUACCCCCUUCUAAGAGGGGUGCCACAGGUUCCAGCUGUGGUUUCAACCAGAGGUGGCUCCCGGGCCAUGUGCUGCAGGAGUGGCAGUGUGGGCAUGCCAGUGACCAGGAGUCUUACACAGACUCUACGGAUGGGUGGUCGAGUGUCAACUGUGGCACUCUGCCCCCUCCCAUGAGUAAGAUUCCUGCAGAUCGAUACCGGGUGGAGGGCAACUUUGCACAGGCCCCGCUCAGUACCCAGAAGAGGGACUGGUCCAGGAAAGCUUUUGGAAUGCAGAACAUAUUCGGACCCCAUCGAAAUGUUAGAAAGACCAAAGAGGACAAAAAGAGUUCAAAACUGGGACGGGGAGUUGCCCUGGCCCAGACUUCUCAGCGCACCUCGGCUCGCAGAUCCUUCGGAAGGUCUAGGAGGUUCAGCAUCACACGCUCCCUCGAUGAUCUUGAGUCUGCAACUGUGUCUGAUGGUGAGUUGACGGGAGCUGACCUGAAGGACUGCAUCAGCAACAACAGCCUGAGCAGCAAUGCCAGUCUCCCCAGCGUGCAGAGCUGCCGGCGCCUGCGUGAGAGGAGAGUUGCAAGCUGGGCAGUGUCCUUCGAGCGUCUGCUGCAGGAUCCCAUUGGCGUUCGCUACUUCUCUGAUUUUCUACGGAAGGAAUUCAGUGAGGAAAACAUUUUAUUCUGGCAGGCCUGUGAAUGCUUCAGUCACGUUCCUGCACACGACAAAAAAGAGCUCUCUUACAGGGCCCGGGAGAUUUUCAGUAAAUUCCUGUGCAGCAAAGCCACCACUCCUGUCAACAUUGACAGCCAGGCCCAGCUGGCAGAUGACAUUCUCAAUGCACCCCACCCUGACAUGUUCAAGGAACAACAGCUCCAGAUUUUCAACCUGAUGAAGUUUGAUAGCUAUACUCGAUUUCUGAAAUCCCAGCUGUACCAAGAAUGCGUCCUGGCGGAGGUGGAGGGACGCACCCUCCCUGACUCCCAGCAGGUCCCCAGCAGCCCAGCUUCCAAGCACAGCAUCAACUCCGACCACUCCAAUGUGUCCACACCAAAAAAGUUAAGUGGAAAAUCCAAAUCAGGACGGUCUUUGAAUGAAGAUGUGGGGGACGAGGAUAGCGAGAAAAAACGCAAAGGUGCCUUUUUCUCAUGGUCAAGGAGCAGAAGCACGGGGCGGUCCCAGAAGAAGAAGGACCAUGGCGACCACGCCCAUGAUGCCCUUCAUGCCAACGGAGGCCUCUGCCGUCGGGAGUCCCAGGGCUCUGUGUCUUCUGCAGGGAGCCUAGACCUGUCAGAGGCCUGCAGGACCUCAGCACUUGAGAGAGAUAAGGCUGCCAAACACUGCUGUGUCCACCUCCCAGACGGGACAUCCUGUGUGGUUGCUGUCAAGUCCGGCUUUUCCAUCAAAGAGAUCCUGUCUGGGCUGUGUGAGCGGCAUGGCAUCAACGGGGCUGCAGUGGACCUCUUCCUGGUGGGCGGAGACAAGCCUCUGGUGCUGCAUCAGGACAGCAGUAUCCUGGCCACCAGGGACCUGCGCUUGGAAAAGCGAACUCUGUUUCGGCUGGAUCUCGUUCCAAUUAACCGGUCAGUGGGACUCAAGGCCAAGCCCACCAAGCCUGUCACGGAAGUGUUGCGGCCGGUGGUGGCCAAGUAUGGCCUGGACCUGGGUAGCCUGCUGGUGAGGCUGAGUGGGGAGAAGGAGCCCCUGGACCUUGGUGCCCCCAUAUCAAGUCUGGAUGGACAGAGGGUCAUCCUGGAGGAGAGGGAUCCUUGCAGAGGGAAAGUGUCCACAGACAAACAGAAAGGUGCUCCUGUCAAACAGAGCUCAGCUGUGAACUCCAGCCCCAGAAACCACUCGGCUAUGGGAGAGGAGAGAACACUAGGCAAGUCUAACUCUAUUAAAAUAAGAGGAGAAAAUGGAAAAAGUGCUAGGGAUCCCCGGCUUUCAAAGAGAGAAGAAUCUAUUGCAAAGAUUGGGAAAAAAAAAUAUCAGAAAAUUAAUUUGGACGAAGCAGAGGAGUUUUUUGAGCUUAUUUCCAAAGCUCAGAGCAACAGAGCCGAUGACCAGCGUGGGCUGCUAAGGAAAGAAGACCUGGUGCUGCCGGAGUUUCUUCGCUUACCUUCUGGUUCCUCAGAACUCGCCCUGUCCGGCCCAGCCCCAGUCAAGGGCUUUAUCAAGAGAGCUAUGGCAGGCCACGGCCAGGAGGGAGCAGCUCAGACUGAGAGCUACAGUGACAGCCCAGCAACCAGCCCUGCCUCAGCCCACAGCGCCAGCUCAGCCCACAGCGCCAGCUCAGCCCACAGCCCCGGCUCGGCCCACAGCCCCGGCUCUGCUCAUAGCCCUGGCUCCGCACACAGCCCCAGUUUGGCCUACAGCACACCUGGGCCUCCUGGGACUACCCAACACGGAGAGAAGCCUGCAAAGCCCUCCUGUAUCCCCACCAUGCAGGAGGAUACUGCACAGGCCUGGAGGAGGCUAUCACCAGAAGUGGAGGCUGGGGGUAUCCAGACUGUGGAGGAUGAGCAGGUGGCUGACCUGACCCUGAUGGGGGAGGGGGACAUCAGCAGCCCCAACAGCACGCUGCUACCGCCACCCCCCAUACCCCAAGACACACCGGGACCUACAAGACCAGGUACCUCCAGGUUCUGACUCUACGCCCUUGACCUGUCCUGCCUCCUGCCCACAGCCUGCACCCCUCCAUGUUUAAUAAAGGGAACACCGAGGCAGGCAGCCCCUGCUUAACUUCAGCGUAUUGAACAUCCUGAGGGAUGGCCUCCUUCUCUUGUAUUUAUGGGGCCUCCGUUGCCUUUUCUGAAAGGAAAGCAGGUGGCAGCCAAGGCUCAGUCUCCCAGGGAAGGUCACUGAGGCUCAGGCAGAUCCGACAUGUUGAGCUGUUCCUGUGAAGGUGCCGUGGGAAUGGUAGCCCUCUUCCAGUGACACCUUGUACAGGCUCAGGUCUCUGGGUGUGGAUCUUACUUUUAAGACUUGCUUGCUGCCAUUUUAGUGUUUUAGCCUCAGGAUGGAAGAAAGUAUUUGUCUUAAGCAAAUGAGCAAGAGACAAUGCUGACAAGAACCAGGGUUCUCAUUGUCAGCCUCUCUGUGGCCAGCCAGGUCUUACUGACUGUUCCCACAGGCCAGCUGUGCACUUGUACUAGGCAGUUCCUGCUGCCUCUGCUGUCCCCUGGCUGGCCUCAAAUGUGUCCAGGCAUUUCUCUUAGUGGAAGCAUGGAGUCCAGUGUGUGUGGGUGGGGACAGGGUGCCCGAGUGGUAAGGAUUCUGCCAGCCACUGGCCGUGCUCAGUGUCCCCACAACGACAGUGAUGAGCCUUGAAGUGCAUGUUUCCUCUCGUUCCUGUCUCACGCCUUGGCUGUGAUCUGCAGCAGGUUGCGUGGGUGCCCGUCUGGGCCCUGCUUCCCAGGCCGGCUCUUUUCAAGUCUUGAUGCAUGUUUCAUGUACCCUCACACAUCUGGGCACUCAGGAGGGUACACCUCAUGCUGCGCUCCACAGCCCCACCCACUGGAGAUACACCCGAUGAGGAAGCAUGAGGUGCCAUAAAGUGGCCCUGUGUGCAUGCUUGGGCACCUCUGUCCUGCCACACCUCUCCUUUCUGCUCCGUUGUAGCUGCCUGUUUACAGUUCUGCCUGUGUUCUGACUCUGUUCUUCUGAGAGUAAUAAACUCUAGAGCUCAUCACUGUA